UGGAAUUGUAGAGUUGGAAGGGACCACGAGGACUGAAGAAGUAGCAAGAGAAAGAGAGCAGUACAAGCAGCAUUCAAGACACACAAAACACACACUUUAAAGGAAACACUGAAGACACUCACAGAUACUUAAAGCAUAUUUAGGAUGCUUUUCCUAAAUGAAGACAUCAUUUCCUCCCACCAUGUAGGAAAAAUAUAAUAUUUUAUUUAUUUAAAAACUACAUUUUGAAUGUCUCCCAGGGAACUAUUGUUACUGGAAGUUAAGAAAGUGGAACCGAGGAGAUCACAUGGGUGUGGUCAAAAGCGUGGCCACAAAAACACUGCUGUUGUAUAAGUACUUAGUGCCUAACUAAACCGAAAAGUGUCUAACCUUGGCUUAGAAGCAGUCUCUCCUGUCACAGUUUGUCAUGUGACAGGUAAUGUCACAAUAGCCACACAUUACUCAGAAGUAAGUCCCACUAAAUUCCUUGGGGAUGGUCCCCAGAUGGGAGUGGAGCCUAAAAGGUACCACACAGAACUUGUAUGCACAAUAGCUUCAUGCAUAUGUUGUGUGUAGGCUGGCAGUGGAGGCUGGUUCGUGAGGGCUGCCCUGCCAACCUCAGUCAGUCCUCAGUCAGACCCAACCUGCCAGUUUUGCUACUUCUUCCAGGCCAGUGGCAACAUCCUGCUCUUUAGGCUCUGUGUUGUCCUUGUGAAAUUUGCCAGAGAUGAGAGAGAUGGAGACAAAAUGAGAACGAGUUGGCUCUGCCUAUCAUUGACUCUGAUUCUGCUACCCUCCGUCUCCCUACUUUCCACUCUACUAAUCCUGCCACUGGCUUUGAGUCCAGAUGAAAGCGAUGCCUCACAUUCAAUGCAAUGAUAUAGUUUUCCUUAACUGAACAGAGUAGAUUAAGGUGACGUAGCUUAAAAGCCAAAUCUGAAAAAACCAGAGCUGCUUCUUCUUCUUUUUUUAAUUUUUUUUAUUCAAAAUUACAACAAGACAUAUUAUCAAUAAAAAGUUUGUGAAUGUUUAUUCAAAACCUGCCAAGGAGUCCAGUUCGCUUUGUUGCGUCCUCAGAUACUUUGUAAAGGGUUCCCAUUCAUCCUUAAAGUCACAGUUAUCCUUGUCCUGUAGCUUAUAUGUCAGUUUUGCCAGUUCUGCAUAGUCCAUCAAUUUUUCUUGCCAUGAUUCUUUAGUUGGGGUUUCGUCAGUCUUCCAUCCUUGUGCUACCAGAACUCUCACGGCCGUUGUCACAUACAUGAAGAUGUUUUUCAACUUUUUUGGCAGGUCUUUCCCUACAAUCUCCAACAAAAAUGCCUCGGUUUUUUAAACAAAUGUUAAAUGGAACAUUUUCUUCAAUUCGUUGUAUAUCAUUUCCCAAAAUUUUUAAAUUACCUUACAAUCCCACCACAUAUGAUAAAAUGUCCCCUCCUUUUCCUUACACUUCCAACAUAUAUUUGAACUAGUUUUGUACAUUUUUCCUAACUGCACUGGUGUUGUGUACCAUCUGUACAUCAUCUCCAGAGCUUCUUGGCCAUAUGCCUCAGAGCUGCACCCAUAGGAGGACUCUGAGUCAAUAGAAACUGCCUGAAUCACACCUCCUGUCUUGGUACCUGUGGAAUUCCAACAGCACCAAUGUUUUUUGUUGUUGUUACAGAACAUUAAUAGUCAAAUUAACAUUGUAUGGACUUCCUUGAGCUUUUCUUUUAAUAGCCAUGUAGCUAAAGCAUUGGCCAAAGCUUGAAGGUUUUCUGUUUUGUUUGUUGGGUGUGGCUAUUUCCUUCUUCACAAACGUUGCCCUUUUGUCUUCAGGUCAAAGGGAUCAUGGGAAAUGAGAAUGCCACAUCAUGGACAGAGUUUCUUCUUGUGGGCCUCGUGCAUCUGAGGACACCCAACGUCUUCUUUGGUGCAAUUCUUCUCAUGGUUUUUGUUGCUUUGCUGGGAAAUGGUCUCCUCCUGAUCCUAAUCCAAAGAGACUCCUCCCUUCACGCCCCAAUGUAUUUUUUCCUCAGCCAACUGGCCUGCAUAGAUCUGGGCCAAAUCCUCGUUAUUGUCCCUAAAAUGUCUGCAAACUUUUUAGCCCACAGAAACACCAUCUCGCUCGGCGGUUGUGUGGCACAGAUUUUCCUCACGUUGACCGGGGGAGGCGCAGAAUGCCUGGUCCUGGCCGCCAUGUCUUACGACAGGUACGUGGCCAUCUGCAGGCCCUUGCAGUACCCCAUCCUCAUGCGGAGAACAACCUGCCUCACCAUGACGGCUGGGAUCUGGUCUUUGUCAACGCUUUCCAUCAUGCCCAUUGCGAUCUUUGUCCAGUCUCUGCCUUACUGUGGGUCAAAUGUGAUUGAGCAUUAUGUUUGUGAUUUCCCAGCUUUACUGAAGUUGUCCUGUGCCGACACCUCUGCCUUUGAAAAACUGGUGUAUUUUGAUGACGUGGUCAUACUUCUCCUCCCUAUCUCAGUCAUCGUUGCCUCUUACAUCACCAUCCUUGUGCAAGUGCUGGGCAUGCGCUCAGUCAAAGGAAGACACAAGGCCUUAGGGACUUGCGUGUCCCACCUGUGUGUGGUGGGACUCUUCUAUGGGGCAGCUGCACUGACAUACACCGUCCCAGUAUCCUCCUACUCUGCACAAAGGGCCAUGAUCUACUCAAUGUGCACUACCAUCAUCCCCCCAAUGCUGAAUCCUUUUAUAUACAGCCUGCGCAACAGGGAUGUUCUAGCAGCCCUAAGGAAACUCUUUCUGAAGCAUGCCCCUCAUAAGUAAUUUCUAGAGCCGAAACACCAUUUCGCAUAAGUUUGUAAUGUUCCCGGGUCAAACAGCAGCCACUGAGAAUGAGGAACAGUUUAAUAAAAUGAGCUGUAUUCAGAGCUGCCUCUUAGACCCUCUGUCUUCUGGGAUGUGAGGCUGGUUUAGUAAACAAGUUUCCAUGCACUGGCAGUAAAGGUAAAGAAGAAGAAAAAGUUCCAAAUUAUUUAAAAGGAAAAGAAUAUGGUUUCAUUACAAAAAGGAUCAUGCAGUCUUUGUGUACAUUGGCUCCCAGUACGUUUCCGUGCACAAUUCAAAGUGUUGGUGCUGACCUUUAAAGCCCUAAAGGGCCUCGGUCCAGUAUACCUGAAGGAGCGUCUCCACCCCAAUCAUCCAGCCCGGACACUGAGGUCCAGCGCCGAGGGCCUUCUGGCAGUUCCCUCACUGCAAGAAGUGAGGCUACAGGGAACCAGGCAGAGGGCCUUCUCAGCAGUGGCACCCGCCCUAUACUAUGCCCUCCCAUCAGAUGUCAAAGAGACAAACAACUACCUGACAUUUAG